CAUAACCGAAAUAUAUCUCCUUCAUUUCAGCCAUGUCCAUCAAAUGGCCCGGAUUUUCGUGAAAUGCAAUGCUCUGUAUAUAACAACAAGAAAAUGUUUGGUCACCUGGUCCGUGAAUGGGAGCCAAUUACAAGUCAGCCCAACAUAUGUGAGCUAACGUGUUUGGCGAAGGGAACUCAUUUCUUUUAUUCUUUCGGGAAAGUGCUAGACGGAACCAGAUGUGACAAGGAGAGUAAGGAUAUGUGUAUCAACGGUGAAUGUGUUCCUGUUGGAUGUGAUGGGGAGCUUAACUCUGAUGCUAAGGAAGACUUCUGCAUGAAAUGUGGAGGAAAAAACGAUACCUGCACACGUUAUCAGACAGUUUACAUUGAGCCACCACCAACACAGGGCUUUAUAGGUUAUCGAAACUGCACAGUCGUACCAGCAGAAGCAACUCACAUACAGAUCACUGAGCACACUCCGAACUUCUUAGCAAUGGUUGAGGGUUCACAACAUGUUCUUAAUGGUGACUGGAGUUUACACUGGUCUGGAAAUAUUCACGCCGGAGGAGUGGUAUUUGAAUACGAUCGGAAAACAAACGGCAAUGAGAGAUUAUUCGCCAAAGGUCCGACGAAGCGCCCUCUGACGUUGGAGGUCAUUUUAACAGACAGUAACGGUCCAAAUAUAACAAUAUCGUACUGGCUUCCAAAAAAAGAAAUUUCGUCGAAUGAUGUCGUGGAUAUUAAGGUAACCGAGAAACCGGUGGAAUCAAAACACAAGAAGAAUACGAUUAAGAACAACGAUGUGAUUAUCACGAGUGACUUUACAAAUGAUAAACCAGUUAAGCCGUAUCAUACCAAACGAUUCGAUAAAACUGCUUGCCAGGUUUGUGAGAAAGUUCGAGGAGGACGCGUGAAGCAUUUCUGCAGCAGUGAUUUUGUAAUUCAUGUUGAUGUUCUAGAUAAACAGAUUGUCAAUGGACAAAUUCGCUUCGAUGUGUCUAUUCUUCACACUUACAAGAACGUUACUCCCCUACAAACGCGCGAGUUCUUGUGGAUACAAAGUACGUGCAACUGCCCAAUGAUUAGGCCCAACAAGGAAUACCUCAUCAUGGGGGUCAACACCUACGACGCGGCUAGCGGCCAAAGUCGUCUGGUCAUCUUGAGUACUAGUCUAGUCCGAACCUGGAAAGUGAAGGACCAUGAGAAAUGGGUGAAAACGAAGGAAAAACAAGAUAAACUUUGCCAACGGUUCACGCAUAGAUCUACGUUGUAGUGGCGAAGUAAAUUAUAUGACAAUUUUGGAAAUCCUGAAAACACUGUUUUUGAGUGGGUACAAUAUUGAUAUCUAUUUAUGGGAAAGGAGGAAAUUGUGAAAGUCGAUGGUUCCUAUCGAAUUUUCGAGAUAUAAACACUGCAACUAAGUAGUCGAAAUUGAUAUGAUUGUGGGAUACUAUAAUUACAUUUUAGCUGAAAUGCAUUAUACCAAAUGGACUUUUGUCAGGUUGACGUUUACAGGUGGAUAUUUAGAAAUGCAAAGAGGAACUAAAAUUACACCAUGUUAUGGUAUGAUAGACAUAGCUACGAUGAAUUUUGAUAUCAUGUGAUAUCUGAAGUAAUUCAUGAAAUCACGAAAUCAAAAGGACACAGAUAGACAUUAAAUAUAUACAUUCCUUUUGCAAAUACUUCAUCGUAUCAAAAUUAGGCCUACAUUUUCUGUUUGUUGUUCAUACACGGUUCUUACAGUUACGCCUUAAUUUUUUAAUCCGAGUAUUUUAUAUCAUGAAUUAAUCAAUUAAAGCAUCAAUUAUUACGACUAUUAGAAAAUCAUAUAUUCAAAAUCGAUAAAUUUUAACCUUAUGUAGACACUAAUAUUUAAUAUGCGACGAAAAUAAAGCAACUGUGUGAAAGAAAUGAGAGAUGCCAGAUUAUUUAAGGGACAAUUAUAAGUUAUUCAAACAAAUAAAAUACCUAGGUGUAGUCAGCACACAAAUAAGCAUGCAGAGUGUAAGUAUUUUUGCAGGCUUCGGGGAUCGGAGGCAGGAAAAUUGUUUUUGAGACGCAAGAAUAUUUGAGACAGAUUAUGCUGCUAGUAAACCUUUGAAAUAUCAAAUUAUUAUAAAUAUAUUGUUAGGUUUAGGUAAUGUGCAUAUAAUAUCUAUAUAAUACUACAGCACCAGUUUUUGUAUGAACCGUAGUAUUAUGAAUUGGUGAUCAACAUUUUGUAUUACAAAAAAUACUCAAAUGUUGUUCAUCGUUCUAUUUAGUUCUGUCAGUUUCGGACUCUUAUAAUUCAUAAUUGCUUUGUUCUCUAUUUCUAUUACUAAUUAUCUAAGCAACUAUUUUGAGUUCGUCGGUAAUGGAGGUAUUUGUUACAGGCAGUAUUUUACGUAUAACUGAUCAAUUUUCUUGCGAAAGUCUCUGCACAGAAGAGUAUUAUUUUUGUCAAAGUUAGAUUUUCUCAGCUUAGGCUGGAGUAAGACUAUUAGAAUGACCUUGAUUGAGACCUCAAUAUUGUAUAAUGUAAAAUAGAAAAUAUAUUUUGGUAUACGGCGUAGUGACGUUUUAUACGUGAAUUUGUAUUGUAUUGUUUAUCUCAAUAUUACUAUAUACAGCAAACAAUUGAAUAAAGAGCAAAUAGGACGCCAA